AUGACCUCGAAUACUCUUCGCUUUACUCGCAGCAUUGCCCUCUUUGCAGCUUUGGCGCAACCUUUGCUCGCCAAAGUCUUUUAUCUUGACUGCGGGUCGACUACAUCAGGCGAUGGAAGCGAAUCGCGUCCCUUUUCAACCCUCAUCAUUGCCAAUCACGCUGUUUUGUGUCCUGGGGACUCACUGAAAAUCAAGUCAGGGACGAUUUGUGCCGGGACACUAUCACCAAGGGGCAGUGGCACCAAGGAGAGCCCUAUUACCUUGACGAAUUAUGGAGAUGGACCGCUACCGAUAAUCAAUGGCUCCGGAGUGGCCGAAGCAGUGAGCUUAACGAAUCAAGAUCACUGGGAGAUCUCAAAUAUUGCAAUUAUCAACCCUGCGUAUUCAGUGGCUUGGAGGCGUGGCAUUGUGGGGACCUCAAGUGAUGGAACAGCUCACCAUGGCCUUUAUAUCCACGACAUUACUGUCUACAAUGUUGCCGGACAGACAAACAAAGCGACGCAAUCUGACGCAUUUAUUGCUUCUGGCGGCAUCCUCGUGAAUGGCACCGAGAACGCCAGUCGCUAUGACGACGUGCAAAUCUAUAACAAUACCAUCUACGAUUGUGGCGGUGGCGGUAUCAAAGUUCGCGUCGGCCAAAUGGACAACCGCGGCAAGGGUACACACGUUUGGGGUAACAACGUAUCGCACGUUGGUGGCGAUGGUGUCGUUGUCUCGUAUGGCGAAUCAUCCAUAAUCGAGCAGAAUACAGCUGGGUUCCUUGGUCACGGCAAAUACCCAUGGACUGGGGGAAACUUCGCAGGCAUUUGGGUGCUGGGAUGUCAAGACGCAGUCAUGCGGUUCAACGUCGUUCACGAUUCCCUCAUGUCACAGAUCGACAGCGAGGCAUUUGACUGUGACUGGGGAAACGAAGGCACGUGUACGGUCGAAUACAACUACAGCCAUGACAAUGCAGGUGGAAUAUUCCUAAAUUGCGAUGGUUGUGGAACUCCCGGCGGUGCACGACAGAUUGUUCGAUACAAUGUAUUCCAAAGCGACUGCCGAGUGUAUAGCAAUGGCGAUAACGUGCAGUUGGACUUUUAUAACAACGUCGUCUACUGUCCACACAAGGAUUUCGAAAUCGCAGUCCCACCUCACACAAAUAUGUCGAACAAUAUUUGGGUCGGAACUGCAAACUCGACUCUGCCGAAAGGAGACGGGAUUGAAUGGAACGCAAACUUGUUCCAGACAGUGCCAAAACCAAUGGAUACUGCCGGUAGCACGGGAGACCCUCAAUUUAUAAGUCCCGACACGGGUCAGAAUACUCUCGACUCAGUGAGUGGUUAUAGGCUAAAGUCUGGGAGUCCUGCAUUGCGCCUGGGUGUUGUAAUCGCCGAUAAUGGAGGUCGGGACUUUUUGGAAUAA